AUGCCGGCGAAGGUACAGAAGGGACGCGGCAAGUCGUUCUUCGACUGGUGCAUGGAGAACGGAGAGCGUGGUAAGCAGCUCCUCAGAGAGUUCUACGAGGUGGACAAGCUGCAGGAGCUAACGAAAGGGUCGAGCUACAAGGCAAAGUGGAAGUGCCAGAAGUGCAAGCACCUAUGGAGGGCGACGGUGAUGAACCGCACGAGGAGUGGCAGAGCCAGCGGGUGUCCGAAGUGCUGUCUUUCGAGAGGUCAAGGGUGCCAUACGGUGUUGUCCCGAACGAACAACUUCCUCACGUGGUGCGAGAAGAACGGCGAGCGAGGGAAGAAGCUCAGGGAGGAGUACUGUGACACGGACAAGCACCCGACCUCGGUGACGAAAGGGUCGCACUACAAGGCGCUGUGGAGGUGUGGGACGUGCGCGCACGAGUGGAGAGCGAAGGUAAAUAGCCGCACGAACGGGGUCACACCCAGCGGAUGCCCACAGUGUAAGACUAAUCCGCCGGUGAGCAACUUCCUCACGUGGUGCGAGAAGAACGGCGAGCGAGGGAAGAAGCUCCACAAGGAAUACGUCGACGAGGACAAAAAGCCUUCGGAGGUGUCGUACGGGUCGAACUACAAGGCGCUGUGGAAGUGUGAGACGUGCGCGAACGAGUGGAGAGCGCUGGUGAAGAGCCGCACGAAGAGCGACGGACCCCAUGGGUGCCCGGAGUGUAACAUCAGAGGGCGACAGCCUGCAAAACGCAAACGCGCCGACGACGACGCGUAG